ACUUCCCGUUAUUUUAGGAAACAGAGGGACGCGUCUCACCUACCGAAAUACCGACGCCGGUAGCCUAAAACGGAGCCGGUCUGAGCAACAGCUACCACAGGCAAAAAUCAGUGAGGUCGCCAGGGUAACCUCCCCCAGCCAAUCAGCAGUCAUGGAUGAGAUGGAUCUGCCCCAGAUGAAGAAGGAAGUGGAGAGUCUGAAAUACCAACUGGCUUUCAAGAGAGAGAAGUCCUCCAAGACAGUCACUGACAUGGUGAAGUGGAUCGAGGACGGGGUACCUGAGGACCCCUUCCUGAACCCUGAGCUCAUGAAGAACAACCCCUGGGUGGAAAAGGGAAAGUGUGUCCUGUUGUAGACGACUACCACCCUGACCCUGCCAUGACCUCUGACCCCAGCCUGGUGGGGCAUGGCAGGACAGCACUCCCCCCACCAUGAAUGUACAACAGCUGAUG